UUUUUAUUUUAGUGAUGGAUAAACAAGAUUUUCUCACCAUUAAUUGAGAACUUACGGUGUCUUCACUCAAACUGCCCGACAAAUCUCGGGAAAAAUUUGAGUGGAGCCCAAAUUAAUUCAUUCUUAUGCUUAUGCGCAUCAAAACGAAGGGAAAACCAAAAUGAGGGAAAAAUGCGAUUUCUAACACUUUCAGCAUACAAAGGUAAGGAAACAAGUUGUGCAUUGUAGACUGAAGUGGCAAGUGAUGCCCUGAGCGCCCAAUGCCUCAGAAUGAGCGGGACAGCCAGGCCCACGCGAGGCAGACGCCAUCACGCCGCACUCAGCGUGGUAAUGAUGUGACGCGUCGGGAGAGCGACGUGGAAAGAUGUAAAACCUUCAGUAAUAAUUCUCUCAAGGCGUCAGACUGGGGUGGAGAAGCGGCCCCUGUGGCUCCGCCCAGACCGCUGAGUGGCUCAGAGCUCGUUGUGUUGACUAAAGGCAAUUACUGCCCGCGCUGCCGACCAAUAGUCACUCGUGCAUGUCUCAGGGGCAGAGAGCGCCUCUCCACCCACAUCGCCAGGAUUAUGUUCACUUGCACAGUUCUCAACGCAGAUCAGAAACACAAGCUGACUACCUUUACUGCCACACAAUCCUUCAAAAGUCACUACUCGGAGGAAGACUUCCCCUGGGGACGACCAGUCCCAUUAACAUUGUGAACGAAAAGUCUGAAAACUUUUCGGUCUCGGCGUCUUGGCUCCUCCCACCCGACACCGACAGAUUUUCUUAACAUCUUCAUCACAAGGCGGGGUAUCGAGACAGGAGUGCCAUCCUUAGGGCCACAUGGCACAGCGACAGUCGAGGGGGAUCGGACUGGACGUGUGUCGUUGUCAUGCGGCGGCUGUAGUGACCAGCGACUAUCGGUGGUAGUGUUUGGUGUGUGCUGAAAAGUGGCUUCAGGCCCAUCUCCUUCACGCGCAGCUAUUCUCAAAUUGUUAACACAUUGCUCAGUGGGCCAGCACAAAUGUGUGUCCAAUUGUUGGUGGUGGCAUAGCAUUCCUUGGAUCCGUUGUCCUGAUCUCACUGCUGCCCAGGUGUCACAAGCAAACACCAGCCAUAUAUUCGCCACACAAUAUCACCAAAGUGUUCGAGGUGUCGCCAGAGGCCGUGUCGACGCGUGGCUCGCUGGCGGGGCACUCAGGCGAGGCCCGUGUUGGUGCGGCACCAGGCACCCUCUCCUACGGCACGAUGAAAGACGACUACCUCGCCUCCAGUGACCACACGCAAGGUUAUGGCGGGGGCAGCCUCAGUGACAUCAAGAGGGAGGAGGAAGUUUACCAUUACCCGCCAGCAACGUCGCAUCCCAACCACCACUACAGGACUGAGGUGUACGGAAAGACUCUCCUGAUGCCGCCCCUCCAACCAGACCCGCAAGUCCACGCCGCUAAAGCCUACGACCACAUCGACUCCACCAGCUCCACAGUCACGCCCUUCGAAGCGCCAAAGAUAUACGACAAUAAACUCUACGACACCACCAAAGCCUAUGAGAAGAUGUACAUCACCAAGGAAUACGACAAGAUGGCGAUAGAUCACAUAAGUCCCUCCGUGUACGACAGUCACGACCACAAACCCUACGACAAGCUGUACUCGUCCAAAGUCCACAUGGAGGAAAAGAUGGAGGAAGCCGCGUACGACAAGUGUUGCGACAAGACGUACAGGACUCUAGAGACGCUGGACUCCACCACGUACGACAGGCCCUACGACGCGUCCAAGGUGGUGGAGCCAGUGGACUCAACCACGUACGAGAAGGUGCAGCCCCUGGACCCCGUGGCGACUUCCCUGCCGGAGUCGCAAGAUAAACCCUCCACCACGUCCUCCUCAGGAUCAAAAAAAGAGGAGAGCUCUAAGGAGAACGGGGACCUGGACCCUAACAAGAAACCACCCUAUUCGUACGUGGCACUCAUCACCAUGGCCAUCAAGGCCAGCCCGGAGAGGAGAUUGCAGCUGAGUGAGAUUUACCAGUGGAUCGCCAACAAGUUCCCUUUCUACGCCAAGGAGAACGCCAAGGAGAAGCAGGGCUGGAAGAACUCUAUUAGACACAACCUCAGCCUGAACGAGUGUUUCCUGAAGCAGCCGCGGGACGGGAGCGGCGGGGGCGGCAAGGGAAACUAUUGGACGCUUGACCCCCAGCACGAGGAUAUGUUCGAACACGGUAACUUCAAGCGGCGACGGAGAAUGAGACGCCCUGCCAACCUUCUGCGCCAGCCUUACCCACCCUAUCCUAUCUUCCAGAUCUCCCCGGGCGGAAGCUGGGGACUUGGCCAGAUGCAAAGCGGGAACUUCGCAAGCUACACACAGGGAACGCGCGUACACACCCCUCACUCCUAUUCAUACCCACAGAUGAACCAGCUCCAGGGGCAGAUGCAGCUCAGCGGAGGGUACCAGCAGAUCGGCAGCUCCCUGGGCUCAACGCCUCUCACCUCUAGCGCCUUAGGGUCGAGUUUCCCAAGCCACCUGAGCGGGGGACUGUUGGGCAGCUCCUCCCCGUCCAUAUCAUCCCCGGGCAGCACACACACCUCCUUGGGCUCGGCGCCUGAACUGUGGACCUCAGGCUCAGGCACAGGACUCCACUCCAGCCUCGGUGCCGGCAGUUUUCUAGGAUCCAGCAGUAGUUUGGGAUCUCCCUCCGCCACACCCUUCCAGCCCUCCUUCGGAAGCGGCGGCAGCAGCUACGGGGCGGGACUGAACGCGUGCCGCCGUCAGGGUGAGGCUACCACCUCCUCCCAGCUGACGCCCCUCCCCUACCCCUACCCCUGCUGGCCAGACUCCAAACCCUAACAGAUGAUGACUGGAGACGCUUUCCCUGCACCGGCGUGAGGCGGCGCGACACAGGAGAGCCAGUGACCCUGACGUCACUCACCACACCCACGCACCGUUGACUGGCCGACGCCUCCCACACACCUCCUUCAGUAUCGUUGCCAUAAUGUAACGAUCCUGAUUGGUGGCGAAACAGUGAUCGAAAAGAAAAAAUGUGGCAAAAGAUAAACAUAUUCUGUAUUUAACAGAGAGGAAACAAUGCAAGGAUAAAUUAAUCACAAUGCCUGCCGCUGCAUAAUUCCCCUCUGACCGCUAGUGUUCACCAUUACCGGACUGACGGGACAGCUGCCGUGUGAAGACGGUCUCAAUUUCAAACAGGGUGGCUUCUUUCUACUUGGCUGUCCUAUCAGUGGAAGACAGUGGCCACAAGGGACGCACAGUACUCUUGAAAUAGAAGAAACAAUACAAAACAAUAUACUCGCGUUCCGUUCCCCGUCUUCGAAUUCAACUCAAUAUUCUCUACAUAAGCUAAGAAAUCACAGCACAAAUCUUCCCCAAGACGAGCAGAUGAUGAAGCUUGAUGUCAUACUGAAUCAGUGACCGGAGAGCCAGUCCUUGCUCAACAAACUGGUGAAACUUUUCAUGUCCGCUGAAUGGGGUUAUGGUACAUCUGUGUCUGACCAAUAGACCAAGAUGCAAAUUAGUGCCUUGAAAAGUGCUGCUAUGAAAUGGUACAAUGCCUUUUGAAGCUAGAAGAUAAACUGGUACUUCCUCUUCUUGUCUCUCGUUUCUCAAGAUUGAUGAGAUGCUCUGCUGCAAGUUUAGAGUAUAGUUUUGAAACACAUCAUUGACAGACAACAGGAGUGAUCAGUUCGAGUACCUCAAACCUUUCAGUGCCUGUGACUAUACUUUUGUUCAGCUUAAUAACUUUUGGUCACUCAAAUAAAGCAACAAGUGCCAUACUGCCAACACCAGUCAAAAACUUGAGAAUACGAGUUCCCUUGCAUCUCUCGUAACCACUUUUCACAACCACCUUGAUACUUCCUUCACCUAAGAAGAGCAUAUAUAGCAACUACAUGGUAUAACAACUGCAAACAAGCCAAAAUGUAAGUUCUCAAUGCAAGUUAUGGAUAUCUUCCGUCCUAAGCCUUAAUCCUUUCAUUACCAUGGCACCGAUUUCAUUAUAUUCCGGAUAUCACUAGCUACAGGAUAACAAAUUAAGAAUAACACUUUUCAUUAUCAAGGGGUUACAAAUCAUUCAGUUAUACAUCCAACACGUUCAUUUCUUAUCAACUGCAUUAUGAUUAACUAGUAGCAUUUCAUAGUUUCGAAGCUGUCUGUAGCACUGAAUGAGUUAAAGAAUUAUGCAUAUACUUCAAGCCACAUUCUAAGCCCCAUCUCCUAAUCUCUGUUCAGCGGCCGUGUGCAAUGUCCGUGACUCCCACCGCCCCUUACCACGCCUUUUCUUUUUCUCUCUCUCGUUUCCUCUAUCUCUGUGUCUCCCUCUAUCUUUAACCCCUUUGAACACAUCGUUAGUGCAAUUAUUCAGAGUCGUGAAGGUCGAACCACUGUCCCCUGAGAGCAUGUGUGCGAUCAGGAGACACUGUAGUUGUCUGCGCACUUCAACCUUUUAGUAUUUAUUCUUUACGAUAAUAGGAUAAAAUAAUCACAGUUUCAUCACACUUCGGCCACACUUCUCCCCCGUAUACUUCAAAUAGGUGAAAAGUAUACAGGCUAACACUUAGUCUGUAUAUUUUGCAAUGAAUCUUCUCUUCCUGUUUCCUAUCUUCAGUUCCCCAUACUGGCCUAUACCCGUCCAAAAAAUCACACACACACACACACACACACACACACACACACACACACACACACACACACACACACACACACACACACAUACAAAUAGAAUGUUAUAUAAUUAAGAUUUUUCCUGCUUUUCGAUAAAUAAGAGUAACAUCUUGACCGUAUACAAAACCAGGAAAACAUGAGUGAUGAAAACUCGAUAAGAUUAUUGUGAUCUGUCUUUUUUUUUCCCACGUGAACAAGGAUACACAAAUACAUAAAGAGCGGACAGAGCAUAAAGACACGCAAUUUUUUUUUUCUCUCUCUCAUUUUUUUAGGAUGAACUGUUGAAAAAACUUCUAUGUAUAUGACGAGUGUGCAUGACUAUACUGUACUUUUUCCCCAUCGUCGUGGUCAACAGUCUAGUAAAACAACACUGACUUACACUGUGUUCAGCGUUCUCCUUCGUUCUUGAAGUAUUGCAACCUUACAUUUCAUUCAUCCCACCGCUGCCACCAUAGUCCAACUGUACAUGUUCGCUGAACUGAAAGAAUCAUGGUUACCCUUUACAACAUAUAACAAGUAAAAGGAGAAAGUACAAUCCACUACAACACAGGGCAAGCUUACUAUUGCCACGUGCCUUCUUUCUAUUCCUACUUGUAAUGUGCUGUAAGGGACACCACGAGUCUUUCAGUUACUCUCAACACUCAAGUCCUCUGAUAAGUUAAGAAUCCACCAGUUUCCACGUUACUAGAUCAGACCUAAGACUUAAGACAGAAGGAAAACGCAAAACAAUGAAAAAGAGAGGAAGGUUACUCGACUGUUGGCCAGGACGGUACUACCACAACGAACUGUACUUAAGCAACCAUCCAGUGCCGUGUCUUUACCUGCCACCUGUCCGUCCAGAGGCGCCACGCACGGCCCACACACCACACCUAUGCCAAGGAUGAUGCUCUCUUCCUGACCCACACCUACCGCCUCUUGAGUCUCAAAGAGUAUUUGGAUAAGUACCUGGAUGUAUAUAAUUAUAUAUUCUGUGGUAAAGGCAUUGCUCUA